AAUGGGACUCACAAUUUAAACCGACAGCUACUGAGAGUAAAUGUGCUGAUUUAAUAUUACAUUUGGGAACAUUGUAAAGUGACAGUUUAUGGCUUGACUUCGUUAACCGCUGUAAAACAAGGCUAGCAAAUACAUUUGUCCUGAUGUUUACGUCAAACGUCUGUAUGCGUUUCACAACAUGUUAACGGUAAUCAGUUUUGGAUAAAGGCGUGAAGGGAAUGAGUUAACUAGCUGUUCUCGUUGACAGGAACUAAAUCUCUAUCUACAUAUUCAAGCACAAUCUGCCAUCAGCGUUCAUCAGAUGCCAUAAAUCGCAAUCAUGACAUCUACUGGAAGCGAAUUUACCGUUUUUCGAUGCCUAUGCACCCUUUUGGGAUUCAUUUUUUAUGUAGGAGACAUUGUAUCAGACCUGUUGUUAUCUGUGCAGUAUUUUAGAAGUGGUCAUGUUACCUGGGCUGCACUGACUUUAGUGUUUGUUCUGAUCGCAUCUGCAUGCAUACAAAUAUUCAGCUAUGCUUGGUUCAAAGAUGAUGAGGAAAAUGAAGAAAAUGACAAGGACCUAUCCACUUGCCAUCUGAUCGGGAUACAUGUACUGCAGAUAGGCAUUUUAACAAGGUAUCUCCAACUCCUGAAGAAGAGUUUUAAAGCCCUGUGUUCAAGCAAGACUCAAGAGGAGAAGCCGUUAAGCCGUUUCGCUCUCGCUACAGAUCUCAGCAUGCUCCGCAUGUUUGAGACAUUUUUGGAGAGCGUUCCUCAACUCAUUCUGCAGGUUUAUAUCAUACUGGAGCACAACCAUCGAUCUAAUCUGCAAUACAUUAGCAUGGCCGUGUCUUUUGUCAACAUAGCCUGGACCACGGUGGAUUAUCGACGUUGUUUACGGCGCUCUCUACCUCACAUUAAUGAGAUGCCAUCUGGAAUCCCAACAGCUGUCUACUUGUCCUACAAAAUAUUUACCAUAACCCCUCGAAUCCUCAGCCUCACCCUCUUCAUCAUGCUUUCCACUUUUAGUAUUCUAGGAAUGGCCUUGAUAUGGCUGGUGGCAACCAUCUGGGCAUUUGUGGAGAACACCGAAUUCUGCACUUCACGAGUCCUUGAACAUCUUUAUCGAGCUAUUGUUGGAGUUAUCCUCAUUUUUACCUUCUUUAACAUCAAAGGAGAAAACACCAAAGUUCACAUGACUCUGUAUUAUAUUUUCACUGUGUGUCACAAUCUUGCUGCACCUAUUUUAUUGUUUCUGCUCAAACCGGAGUCUGAACGGACUGACUACUUCCUGCCCAUCAUAUGUUUUCUAUUAUUGUCAAAUUCACUUGGACUGGGUUUUCUGGGACUCUAUUACAGCCUCCUGCAUCCUCAUAAACCUGUGGAAGAUGAGGUAGAUGGAAUGGAGAAACUGAAACCAGAGCAAAAAACAACACGUUUAGAUCGUUUUUUACAAAUAUAAUACUCUUGAUCAUAAUCUAAUGAACUUGACUAACAAAAAAGGUGCAUAUAUAUAUAUAGAUAUUUAUGAUGGAAAUGAUAAAGUAUGAAGGAUCUAUGUUAAAGACGCUGCUAAGGAAUAAUAUCUGAUUUUACAGGUAUGAAAUGUUGAACUUUACAGGUGUUGUUGAACUUGUAAAUAUGAUGAAUAAGCUUUUUUUUUACUGCCAAUGUUUGCAUUCAGUUAAUUUCAUCCUCUCCUAAUAAAUCUGUUCAGUUUGCAUUCCAAAAGUGAUAAUUGCCUAGCAUAAAGUUAUACUAUGCACUCUGACUUUGAACAAGUUUGUGGUUACUAAAAAGUUUUAGAAAGAAAGAAAGACUAGUAAUACUAGUAAUGUGCUAAAACAUGCUAGCAACAUUUAGCAAUUGGUAACACAUGCUAGUAACGUGCUAAUUCAUGUUAACAACAAUGGGCCAUGCUAGCAAUAUACUAAAACAUGCAACAAACAUGCAAAAUAAGCACACGCUAAGACAUGCUAACAACAUAAAACUUGUUGGCAACAUGAUUAAAACAUGCUAGGAAGCAGCAUGUAAAACUUUCAGACAAGACUUUGUCAGGCCAACAUAAAAGUUUGUCCCAAUUAACUUUUCUUUUAUUAUUAUCAAUGUUGAAAACAGUUGUGUUGUUUAAUGUUUUUGUGGAAACUUGGUAGCUCUGCAUACAUAAUUCUUAGAUAAACGGAAAGAUCAAAUGAACAGCAUUUAUUUGCAAUAGAAAUCUGUAAUAUGCUGAAUACAAGUAUUAAUUUCUUUAAAAAAACGUACUGACCACAAACUUUGUAUGGUGGUAAUGGUAUAUAUCUACACAAACCAGAAUUUGUGCUUGCCUCAGAUCAGUUUUCUGUUAGUAGCUCAAUCACUACCACUAAAAUAAUACAGACACAAGAUGGCACUGUUGUUCCAAAAAAGCCUUUUGGAGAAAUACUGCCUCAUCCGAACGGAGAUUUUGUUGCCAUCAUGGAGAAUUGUUAAACCAUGAGCUGAGACAUGAACGCGAUCUUUGUCAUAAAAUAACUGUUCUAUUGUAAAUAAUAACUUUUUGUAAUAAAGGAAUUAUAUCUUUAUUUUA